AUGAACCGAGCCCAAAGCAGUGCGUCGCUCAAGGGCAAAGACACGCCAGAGAAGCCGCGGCGGUCGGUGUCCAUUCUGCACCUGCCCGACCGCGAAAACGAACAUCUGCACAGACACACGUCGGUGGAAACACUGCCGGACCUGCUGCGAACGGGCAUUCGAACCGGCCAGAAAAUGUCGCGCGAGUACUCGGAGGGCGUGGAGGGCGGUCUGUGGCGGGUGGCCAGUGGAGACGACAUGGGUCUGAGUCUGGAUCUGUCGGCGGCCCAGCUGCCUGCGGCGGUGCGAUCUCGAAGCCGAGGCUCGCGGCCCGGCAGUCAUGGCGACUCUCGAUCCGGCAGCCGAACCAACUCGCGGGCGCCCAACUCGCGGAUCCACUCGCGGUCGCGCCUGGCGCUCAAUCUCGACCAUAACGUGCUCGACCACUACCCCAACCAGCACAAUGUCUUUCUCCGAACCCCCGGCGUGGACGAGGCCGGUGCCCAGGGCGUCAAGGGUAACGAGAACUCUACCUUCUUCAUCGACGGCACCGACAAUUACGACAGUGAAGACGAGGAGUACGACUACGUCUUCAACCCCAACAACGACGAUGAGAUUCUGCUGAGAACCCACAUUGACCGGUACGACGAAGACGACGACUCCGCCAACUUCUCCACCGGCUUGUACCGCACAUUUGCCAAGAUUAUGGACAAGAUUGCCGGCAUUGACGACAAGAGCUACGAUCUGCACGAGGCGGUCAUGUCGCGAAGUGACCACACAAAGAUCAAGGUGGCGCCAAAACGCAAGAGCAGCACCAGCACCAUCUCGGCCACAAAGCCACAGACCAUUUCGUCGCGCCAGGCCCGGUUUCUGGUGCGGGACGAGGCCCAGAAGCAAAAGGGAGACGUGGUCAUGGUGCUGGGUGCCAUUGAACACGUAUUUGGUUAA